GGUAGAGUAUGAGCAGUUGGUUGCGAACCCUUUUCGUUUUCUUCAUCGUGCUCGUCGUCUCGACUUCGGCACUACCGUCAGAUUAUGUGCGGUUCCUGAUUCAAUCAGCCAGAAAUCACGAAAAUUCUUAUUACCCACAGGAAGAGGCUGGGUUUAUGAGAGUCAAUCGGAAUCAGGGUGCUGGAUCAGUGAGUCUCGAUUCGCUGGCUUCUCUUCCAAUGCUGCGGUACGGAUAAUCAGAACAUGGGCUCAUCUUUGAUUAUUACAUCCUUACAUCCAAUAAUUUCAUUUUAUUCAACGAUCUCCUAUCUUUUUGCAUUUUUUUUUGUUUCUACGUCAUCGUCGAUCCCUACUUGUUCAUCAUUCCUCAUCGAACAACAAGCCAUUCCAAAUUCACCCCAUUCUCCACUACACCGAUUCUCAAGAAGAAACCAAUCGCCCCAUUCUGUCGUUGUUUCCAAUCACUUUUUCAUUCCACCCCGCACCCGCACCCACCAAGCUCCUCACCCUUUUAAACUUAUUUUCACCCUCAAAAACUUGUUAUCCUUCCGUGCAAGAUGUGUUUCAUGUGCAAAACAAUGUGCCAAUCAUCAUCAUCAUCAGAUCUCUCAUCAGUCCCUCCCAUGUUGUACAUCUUUUAGAUAGCGGAACUCUCAUAAAGUUUUGAAAGUUGACAAACAAUAAUUUG